AUGUUUUCCCGUUCAUGGCUGCUGCUUUUGCCGACUGCAGUUCUUGCAGCCUCUGACGAGCAUUCAGCACAUUCCCAUCCGCAUGAGGCUCUCUUGUUUCCUUUCUUCGCCAUGCUGAUCGGUAUGUGUAUCACACAUCUUGGUUCACGCUGUCCAGUUGUGGCUUCGAUACCGUACACCGUGUCGCUCCUGAUCGCUGGAGUCUUGCUUGGAGCCAUGCACAUCGAGAGCUCUCAAGGCCUGGGCACGCUGUCAAGGAGCAUCGCCCUCUGGAUGGACAUCGACCCGCAUGUGAUCUUGUACUCUUUCCUGCCGGUACUGCUCUUCGGAGAUGCAUUGUCCAUUGUAUGGCAUGAUUUCCGUCGGACGGCCAUGCAAUGCGCAGUGUUGGCAGGCCCUGGCGUCCUCAUCGGGACCGGACUCAUGUUCAUCGUCUCGAAGUACAUCUUUCCAUACGGCUGGGGAGACUAUGAGUGUGCUGCCUUUGCAAGUGUGCUUGCUGCCACGGAUCCCGUGGCUGUGGUGGGUCUCCUGAAGGAGAUGGGGGCCAGCCGCGUUCUCACCAUGCAAAUAGCAGGAGAGUCCUUGUUGAACGAUGGUGUAGCCAUUGUCGUCUGGCUUGUCUUCUUCGACUUCAUGAAAGGAAAUCAAGCAGAUGGCGGUGCCAUCAUAGGAUCAUUCCUCCGCCUAGCAGCCGGUGGCACAGCCUUCGGAGUCUUCUGCGGAGUAGUGGCCGCACGUUGGGCGUCGCUUGCAUCCGAUCGUUUGGUCCACACGGACGCCUUGGUGCAGGUCAGCCUGACCAUCACUGCUGCCUACCUGGCGUUCUUUAUUGGGGAGAACGAGCUGAAAGUCAGCGGGGUUCUCGCGGCCAUUUUCGCGGCGUUGAUGAUGAGCAAAUUUGCCACGCCUUUGGUCUGCCACAAGGAGGGUAUGCUCGCGGUGUGGCACACCAUGGAGUACUUCGGGAACACUGUCCUCUUCGUCCUUUGUGGGCUCUUUGCAUAUGAGUCGUGCUCGAAGGUGGCCUGGGCAGACUUCGGUUGGCUACUCCUUCUCUACAUUCUGGCGACCCUGGCAAGAGGGUUCAUGGUUGCAGUCCUCUGGCCGGCUGUAAACUUGGUCGGUGGCUCGGAUGUCACGAAGACGACCUGGAAGGAAUGCGCCGUCAUGGUUUGGGGAGGGCUGCGCGGUGCUGUUGGCCUGGCCCUGGCAUUGUCCAUGCGAAACGAAUUGCGAACGCAGGGGAAGACAGAGACGGCAGACCGCAUGGUAUUCUUCGUCUCAGGCUUUGCAGCCCUGACAUUGUUGAUAAAUGCCACGACCUGUGGAGCACUACUGCAGCGCUUGGAGCUCACCAAGCCUCCGGAGGCACAGGUGGUGAUCCUGACAACUUUGCGGAAGGUCUUGGUGUCGGUCUCCAAGAAAUCAUUCGAAGAUCGGAUGGCAGAGGAUGGGCGCUUCAAGGCCGUUCACCAGCAAGAACUGGAUGCGCUGCUCGAGCAUCUCGAUGAGGAGCUCGCUCACCACGGUCACCUGGACAAUGAGCAUGCGCAGGAAUUCGUGCCCCAAGACCACACACAGUUGGUGGGCAAGUCGAUGGAAAGUUCCGAUGAAGUUGCGAAUGAGAUUACCACAAAUGUGGUACCCGAGGCCGAGGAGCCGUCAGUGGAGAUUCUGGCAGAGAAGGUCGCAGAGACAGGCACCACAGACCAGGAGGCCACAUCAGCAGCAGAUCCUGCACCGAAGAAGAAUGCCGAGAAGAAGGAGGAGCAUUGGUGGUGGGGUUUCGAGCAAGUCCGACCUGCAUCUGGUGCCAUGAACAAGCCUACUGGGCCCUCGUUCUUGGAGAAGCGGUAUGGCGUGGCAACACGGGGCACGCAUCAGGAGCGCAUUGUCUACCGCAAGCUAUUCCUCUCCAUGCUUCGCGCAGAGUACAUGCGCCUCAUGGACACUGGGAUGCUGCCGCGACGCGCUGAAGGAGCGGAGCUCCUGCUGGCGAGCAUCGAUGCGGCAGAUGACUUCGCUGCCAUCGGCUUGAACGACUGGAAGAUUCUCCAGGGCCAGCUGCUGAAACGCCGUGGGAGCGUUUUGGUCAAGGCUCGCGAGUUGCUGUCGCCCUACUUCGCGUUUGCCCCCGUUCCAACGGUCAGUGGCAACAUGGUGUUUGAUCUCUUCACCGUCGUGGCUUUCAUCGAUGCACACCACACCGUGUGCCAUCGGCUUCUGGAGAGCGACUGCCUGAACGGCGAUGCACGGGAGGACGUCGUCAAAGAGUCCUCCACGGAGUUGGAAGCCGCACAUCAGCUGCUAAAGGAAAACUGCAUCGGCGCGAAGCAGAUCAGCAAGGUUCGUACGAUGCAGCUCGCCACGAUGCUUUUCGAGGUUCAGAAGGAGCAGGUGUCUCGUUGGUUGGAAAUGGGCGUCAUUUCUGACAAGGAGAUGGAGGAGCUCCUGCACAUAAUCAAGCAUGGCCUGGAGCACUCGCAAGAGACCAUGAAGAAGAAGGUACUGAAUCAGGUGCGCAAGGCCAGAGAGACCAUUAUGACCCUCCGAUCCAACACAGGCCUGCUCGCCUCGCGCGAGACAGAGUGA